AUGGACAGCACAUUGUCCCUGUUUUCAAUUGAUGCCCGUCAACCCUUUGAUUCCCCAGGCCAAACAUCCGAAUCAAACCUGCCGAUUUCAAGCGACGUGGAUUCUUCAGGAGAUUCCGAAGCCGAAAUCUCACUCGAAAGCGUGAAAAAGAGGCUGAAGAAUUGUAUGGAGGACUUGGAUUUGGCACUGGAUGCAUCAGUCAGCCAAAGAAAGAGAGCAGAAGCCAGUGAGGCGAAAAUAGAGGAGAUGCAAGGUCAUAUUGAUACAUUCAACGAGAUUGUGGCAUCAAUCAGAAAGGGACGCGUGGCAGCUAUAAAUGGGAUGCAAGUCGUCGAAUAUGAUGAUCUGGAAACGAUAAUCAAUAUGACAAUUGGAAGAGUUGCUGAAGAUUUCGAUUCUUCAAUCCUUGAUCACCCUUCCACAACAUCAGACAACCUGAAGUUCCUCAAUAAACUGACUGAAGACAUCGAACAUCUCAUCAGUGAAAUCAACAAAGUUAAAUGCUUGGACCGCGAGAAUAUGUCGAGAAUUAGCGCUCUAGAAAGUUGCCUGGAGACCACGAGACGGAAGUUCGAAGCAGAGAAGCUGACACUGUUCGCAACUGUUGAGAAGCUUCAAAAUAAGCUGCACACCGUGGAACGAUCGAACGAAUCGCUGAGAUUGGCCAGAAAACGAGCGGAUACAUUGGAAAGUAGUGUGGAUUUCAAGUUGAGAUUCCAAGAGAGAUCAGACGAGGAUCAGAGGAAAAUCCAACAGCUUCAGAAGGAACUGGCUGAGAAGGAGAGUUUGAAUUCGAUUCUCUCGGCAGAAUUGAAUUUCAUCAAACCUCGACACGAAACUAUGGAGAAACUGGUCAAUCAACACAUCACAACGAUUGGAGCGUUGACUUGGGAUAAUAAGACUCUGAAACAUCGACUCACCGACAACGAGGAACUCCGACGAAAACACGACGCACUCCAUCAAGACUAUAAUCGUCUUCAGGCUGAUUAUAAAUCUCUGGAAAGGACACAUCGAUUGAGAACGCGAGAUCACGAAGAAGAGAUUGAGAAGCUUCGAAAUCGAUCUUGCCACCAUGAAAAUGAUCAAAAGAAGCUCAUUGAAAAGCUGUCUCGACAGAAUAAGAAGUUGGAAAAACAGUUGACGGAGAUGGAGAACGAUGCCACGAAGCAGAAGAAAUUGUACAGUGGUCUCCAAGAACAGAAUGAAGAGUUGAAAGAGGAAUUGAAGAAGAAGAACCAGGAGAUUGAAGGGUUGAAAGAAAACGCCGAGCCUCGUGGCAGCUGCUCCGCCCAGCCCAAACUUCGUUUGGUCAGCGAUUCUGCUCGGAACUCUCCAUUGCUGAUGAGAACUCUACGCGAAAUCUCUGACAAGAACGUAAAAAUGGAAAACCUUGGUUCGGAACCUGAAUUCCGUAACUUCGAUGACAGCGUGAUCGUCGUGACGAAACGUGUGCUGAAGAGAGAGCGAGACCAGUCUUCUCCAGUUAAAACGAAUUCAAAGAUGAUAAGAAUUUAA